UUCAAACCUCUGAACUCUUCCAUACAUUUUUUCAUUUUUGCUUUGCUCUCACUAAUAGAAACCAUGGGGAAUUGCUUAGUCCUGCAUGAUAAGGUUAUCAAGAUCAUGAAAAGAGAUGGGAAGGUCCUUGAAUAUAAAGCACCAAUUAAAGUUCAGCAAGUGCUUUCAGAUUUUUCUGGUCAUGCAAUAUCUGAUUCACUUCAGGGUUUUCAGCAUCACCCGCCAGAUACAAAAUUACUUGGUGGUAAAUUGCACUAUCUUGUUCCUCUUCCUUUGCCAUCUCCACAAGCUAAGAAAAAAGUAAGAUUUUCAAUUCCAGAAGAUGAAGAUAAGAAAGAAAACAUAGUAAGAAUCAAGUUGGUCAUCAGUAAGAAAGAACUGCAAGAAAUGCUGCAGAAGGAAGGAGUUUCAGUUGAUUCUAUGGUUUCUCAGAUUCUGGAUCAACAGAGAGUGGAAAAAAUUGAUGAUACGACAGAUAAUGAUGAUAACCAUAAAGGUUAUUGGAAGCCUGUACUGGAAAGCAUACCUGAAAUAGACUAGUAAACCAUGGCCUAAUUAAAUAAUUUUCCUUACAAUAGGUAAUGUAUACAAGAAAUCUAAUGAAACAAAUACAGUUUAGCUUA